GUGUGUGUGUGUGUGUGUGUGUGUUUGCGUGUGGCAGCACAGCAUACAUGGCUGUGUUGAAAGAAUGGGUUAAAGAGUCUUGCUCUAAAUCAAAGUCUCUCAAAAGACCCAUUACGUCAGAGCAGCAAUUCAGUGGUGAGUUUUUGUGUGUGCUUCAGAGAGAGUUGGAUGAGAGUGUGUGUGAGUGAAUGAGAGAGUCUGUGGGCAGAUAAAUGAAUAGUAGGUAGUAGCACCCUUGGUAAAAGAAUGGUCUUGUUUAUAAUAGGCAGAGGAUUCUGGAUGCUUUCUUUACACAAGCAGCAAUCAUGUGUGCUACCUCUUUUCUUAUGUGCCCUUCAGUUCUGCUGUUCAGUGCUAACCUGGUCAUGUGUGUCUUGUGUGCAGGAGAACGAAUGUCCUGGUCCUCACUGGAAUGCCAUGUGUCGCUCCUGCUGUGAGUAUGAGCUGAUCAAGUGUAAGUGUCCAUCUGAGAGGACACAGGUGGGCUACGCUGUGCCCUGCUGCCGUAACAAUAUCCACCAGUGUGACCCCUGCAUCAUCCACCAGGGCUGCAGUCUGUUUGAUAACUGUAAGAGAUGUAAUAAUGGUACGUGGCAGGUAAAGGAUGAUUUUUACAUCAGUGGAAAGUACUGCACUGAGUGUCGACAGGGAUGGACCGGAGGGGACUGUCUCACAUGUGGAGAAGUAAUACGAAGACCUCAAGGUCACGUAUCCCUGGAGGCUUAUCCAGUCAAUGCCAAAUGUGAUUGGACAUUAUACGUCAGCAGUGGGUUGGCCAUGGAGUUCAGGUUUACAAUGCUUAAUCUGGAGUUUGAUCACCGUUGUCGCUAUGACUUCAUAGAGCUCAGAGAUGGUGAUAGCAUUCGCUCGCCUCUGAUUGGCCGUUACUGUGGAGACAAAAUCCCGCUACCAAUCAAGAGCUCUGGAAACUCGCUGCAUAUUCAUUUUGUAUCAGAUGGCUAUAAUAAUUAUGAUGGUUUCUCUGCAACGUUUCAGGAACUCUCAGUGUGCAGCCCUAAUCCGUGUAUGAACGGUGGUAUUUGUGCACUGGAUACAGUUCAAACUUUCCACUGUGCUUGCCAAGCAGGUUUCACAGGUCUACUGUGUGAGAACAAAAAAGCAGAAUCUGGCUGUGAAACCCCUCAGAAGCCUGCUCAUGGGGAUAGUUACCUGCUGUACGAGAACGGAGACGUUGCCACUAGAGUUCGGUACCUGUGCUUUAAACCUUACAAGCUCAGAGGAGUCUCACAGAGGUUGUGCCUGUCCAACGGCACCUGGAGUGGGACAGCGCCCACAUGCGCCAGGGACACAGAAGCCAUGAGGAAAAAAUGUCCCCCGUUAUCACAGCCAAACCACGGUUACUCCUUAAAGGUUAUCGGCUCAGACGGUUCUAUAGAGAGCAUAGAAUUUUCCUGCAAUCAUUCUUAUAUCCUCAGUGGAAACUCAAAAAGAACAUGCCAGCUCGAUGGAACCUGGAGCGGCAGGCAGCCACAGUGUAUUAAAGCUUGUCGGGAACCAAGGAUCUCAAAGCUAGUGCGACAGAAGGUCUUGAAGCCACAAAUUCCUUUAAGAAAGAGUCCACAUCACAAGCUGGACUCCUCUCUCCAGCCUCAUGAAAGAAGCAGAAGCAGCAGUAUAAAACAAGCUCAGGGUGAAUUACCGACAGGAGUCCACCACAUCUACACAAGCAUAGAGUAUGAGUGCAUCUCUCCUCUGUACCAGCACUCUGGGAGUGCCCGCCGUACAUGUCUAAAAACUGGGAAGUGGAGCGGACGCCAUGUUAGCUGUUUACCAGUUUGUGGUAAGCUUUCAUCCAAACCCACGAACCUGGCACAAACCCACUGGCCAUGGCAUGCAGCCAUAUACCACCGUCUUCCUCAUCACACCAGUCCCAUUACAGGGACAACCAGAAGACACUGGGACAUGUUUUCUGCAGAUGACUAUGACUACUGGCAGGAGGAGAGCAUGGAAGAGACGUGGCAUCUGGUGUGCAGUGGUGCUUUGGUGAGCCAACAUGCUGUCCUGGUGCCAGCACACUGUGCAACUGAGCCUGGACACACACUACCCUACAACACGGCUCAUCUAAAAGUAGUGCUGGGAGAGAAUAAGAGGCUUCAGUACAUGAAGGUCUCAGAGAUCCUGGUUCAUCCCAGCUAUAAUUCUACUGGAUUUGACUCAGACCUAGCUAUACUGAAGCUGGUGGAGAAGGUGAGGAUCAGCGAGUUCAUUUCUCCAGUGUGCUUGCCUCGUCUGCAGGGAGGGGAGCUAACUGUGAACAAGGCUUACAUCACUGGAUGGUCGGUAGCAAGAAAGCAUGAAACACACUCUCAAGUGGCUCAGACAGGAACAAUUGAACUAACCGAUGUGUUGCGGUGUGAAAGACAGUAUGCUAAACAAGGGAUUGCCAAAAGCAUUACUGAUAAUAUGUUGUGUGGGAGACAACAUCCUAUCAGUUCCAGUACAGUUUGCCCUGCCAGAUCAGGGGGAAUCAUACUUGCUCCUACUGCACCACAGCACGGGAGAGGAAAAGAAAAUGUCUCAGAGACAGCAUGGGAAUUGCUGGGCCUGGUGAGCUUUGGCUUCAAUGUGCAAAACUGUAAUCCACAAUUGUACACAGUAUACACACGAGUUGUCAACUUUAAGAACUGGAUUGCAAAUAACAUAAAAUAACAUAAUAUUUCGAAGCAUACAGAUGUGAUUAAUCAGGUUAUGGACAAUAACAUUCAUUCAUUCAUUUUCUACCGCUUAUCUGAACUACCUCGGGUCACGGGGAGCCUGUGCCUAUCUCAGGCGUCAUCGGGCAUCAAGGCAGGAUACACCCUGGACGGAGUGCCAACCCA